GGUCGCGUGGGGAGUUGCCUUUCGCGUGUAUUAUGAGGACCCGGGGAUAACACACUGGUAGGAGUUGCCUUGCGUUAUGCUGUUAACCGUGCAGAAAUGGCGUAUGUCAUCGCUAGUGCAAGUUGUCUGAUUGGGAUUACGCGGUAGCUGUGCAGGAAAUCGAAGGUGCUGGGUUUGGUGUGGUGUUCUGCGAUGUUCUCCAUUAUUACCAGUGUUCAUUGAGCAUCGUCUCUCUUCCAUCUGCAGUCGCUCCCAGCUGACGUCACCAUGGACUCCAUCCACCGGCUGGAGGGCUCGACGGGCAACGAGAAGGGCGGGCUCAUCUUCAAGAAGCCGGCGGACGCCGCGCCGCAGCCGGCCCGCCCGAAGCCGAGUGGCGGCCUGGGCCUCGAGCGGCUGGCCGCGCUCAAGCGCAAGAUCGAAGAGGACCAGCGCCAGGAGCGCAAGCUGCGCGCCGAGGACGCGUCCGCGGAGGAGGCGCGGCCGCGCUCGCACCAGGAGCGCGAGGACGCGCGCGGCCGCCACUUCCGCGCGCCGGCGGACGAGACGCCGAGCCACUCUGGGGGCGUGAGCGGCGCGUACCAGCGGCGGCAGGCGGUGCGGCGCGAUGAGCGCGGCCGCGGCGCUCUGCACGCCGACAGCCGCGGCGAGGCAGGCCGCGAGCGCCACCGGCACGGCGAUCGGGACCGGGACCGGGACCGGGACCGGGACAGGGACAGGGACCGAGACCGGGACCGCGACCGCGACCGCGACCGUGAUCGCGACCGCGACCGCGACCGGAACAGGGACCGCGAGAGAGAGAGGAACAGAGACCGCGGGCGUGAGGGAUCGGAGCGGCGCGCCGGCGGCCGCUCCGAACGGUCCGAGCGCUUCGACCACUCGGAGCGCUCGCACCGCAGCAGCUGGCGCGACACGCCUGCCCACUUCAGCGACGCGCCGGCCACGCCGCGGCUGGGUGUCAAGGACACGCCGUCGCGCAGCGCCUGGGACGAGGAGGACACCACGCCGGCGCGCCGCUCCGCCUGGGAUCUGCCGACGCCGUCUUCGCGUCGCGGCGACGAGGCCUGGUCGCGCCGCGUUGCCGACACGCCGCUGCCCACGCCCGUGCACAAGAAGAACACCUGGAUGCGCGGUCGCGGCGGUGAGGCGACCGAGCCGCGCAAGGAGAUGACCGAGGAGGAGCGGGCGGCGUGGGAGGGCGAACAGCGACGGCUCGACCGCGAGUGGUACGGCCUGGACGAGGGCUACGACGACACGAACAACCCGUUCUCCGACGUCAGCCAGGAGUACACGCAGAAGAAGGAGAAGCAGCUGGAGGAGCGGAAGCGGAAGCGCAUGUCGGCGCAGCAGUUCCAGAUCAACAAGGACAACGAGAUGUGGGAGACGAACCGCAUGCUGCGCUCGGGCGUCGUGCAGAAGCUUGACUUCGACGACGAUUUUGAGGAGGAGAACGAGGCGCGUGUCCACCUUAUGGUGCACAACAUCCUGCCGCCGUUCCUCGACGGCCGCAUCGUGUUCACCAAGCAGCCGGAGCCGGUGGUGCCCGUGCGGGACCCCACCUCCGACAUGGCGACGGUGGCUCGCAAGGGCUCGGCGCUGGUGCGCGCGCACCGCGAGCAGAAGGAGCGACGCAAGGCGCAGGCCAAGCACUGGGAGCUGGCCGGCACCAAGCUGGGCGACAUCAUGGGCAUCGAGAAGAAGGCCGAGACGGACGACCGGCAGGCGGCGGACGACACGACCGACUACCGCACCGACCAGAAGUUCGCCGACCACAUGCGCGGCCCGACCGAGGCCAGCUCCGAUUUCGCGCAGCGACGCACGCUCCGCCAGCAGCGCCAGUACCUGCCCGCCUUCGCCGUGCGCCAGCAGCUGCUCAACGUCAUCCGCGACAACAGCGUGGUGGUGGUGGUGGGCGAGACAGGCAGCGGCAAGACCACCCAGCUGACGCAGUACCUGCACGAGGACGGCUACAGCCGGCUGGGCAGGAUCGGCUGCACGCAGCCGCGCCGCGUCGCCGCCAUGUCCGUGGCCAAGCGCGUCGCUGACGAGAUGGAUGUGGAGCUGGGCGGCGAGGUGGGUUACGCCAUCCGCUUCGAGGACUGCACCAGCGAGAAGACCACCAUCAAGUACAUGACGGACGGCAUCCUGCUGCGUGAGUCCCUGCGCGAGUCCGACCUGGACCACUACAGUGCCAUCAUCAUGGACGAGGCGCACGAGCGCUCGCUCAGCACGGACGUGCUGUUCGGCCUGUUGCGCGAGGUGGUGUCGCGCCGGCACGACCUCAAGCUCAUCGUCACCUCGGCCACCAUGAACGCCGACAAGUUCGCCGAGUUCUUCGGCAACGUGCCUGUGUUCAUCAUCCCCGGCCGGACGUUUCCCGUGGACGUGCUGUACAGCAGGAACCCGGUGGAGGACUACGUGGACGCGGCCGUGAAGCAGGUGCUGCAGGUGCACCUGCAGUCGGAGGAGGGCGACCUGCUCGUCUUCAUGCCCGGUCAGGAGGACAUCGAGGUUACGUGCGACCAGGUGACGGAGCGGCUGAACGAGGUGGACGACGCGCCGCCGCUGGCCGUGCUGCCCAUCUACUCGCAGCUGCCGUCCGACCUGCAGGCCAAGAUCUUCCAGAAGGCCCCCGACGGCAUCCGCAAGUGCGUCGUCGCCACCAACAUCGCCGAGACGUCGCUGACCGUCGACGGCAUCAUGUUCGUCGUCGACGCCGGCUACUGCAAGCUCAAGGUGUACAACCCGCGCGUGGGCAUGGACGCGCUACAGAUCUACCCCAUCUCACAGGCCAACUCGAAUCAGCGCUCUGGCCGCGCCGGCCGCACGGGCCCCGGUACUGCGUACCGUCUGUACACACGCCGCCAGUACAAGGAGGAGCUGUUGGAGACAACCGUGCCCGAGAUCCAGCGCACCAACCUGGCCAACGUCGUGCUGUUGCUCAAGUCGCUCGGCGUCGACGACCUGCUGCAGUUCCACUUCAUGGACCCGCCGCCGCAGGACAACAUGCUCAACUCGAUGUACCAGCUGUGGGUGCUGGGCGCGCUGGACAACACGGGCAACCUGACGCCGCUGGGCCAGCGCAUGGUGGAGUUUCCGCUCGAUCCGGCGCUGUCCAAGAUGCUGAUCGUCAGCUGCGAGAUGCGCUGCAGCCAAGAGGUGCUCAUCAUCGUGUCCAUGCUGUCCGUGCCGGCCAUCUUCUUCCGGCCCAAGGGGCGCGAGGAGGACUCGGACGCUGCGCGCGAGAAGUUCCAGGUGCCCGAGUCAGACCACCUCACCUUCCUCAACGUCUACCAGCAGUGGAAGGCCAACCACUACGCCAUGUCGUGGUGCUCCGACCACUUCAUUCACGGCAAGGCCAUGCGGAAGGUGCGCGAGGUACGCCAGCAGCUCAAGGACACCAUGGACCAGCAGAAGAUGGAGCUCAUCAGCACCGGCAACGAGUGGGACAUCAUCAGGAAGUGCAUCUGCUCGGCCUACUUCCAUCAGGCGGCGCGACUGAAGGGCAUCGGCGAGUACGUGAACAUGCGCACGGGCAUGCCGUGCCACCUGCACCCGACGUCGGCGCUCUUCGGCAUGGGCUUCACCCCCGACUAUGUCGUCUAUCACGAGCUCAUCAUGACCAGCAAGGAGUACAUGCAGUGCGUGACGGCUGUGGACGGUCACUGGCUGGCCGAACUGGGACCCAUGUUCUUCUCGGUGAAGCAGACGGGCCGCGCGCGCGAGCAGAAGCGUCAGGCACACCUGGAGCACGUGGGCCAGAUGGAGGAGGAGAUGGCCGAGGCGCAGCGGCUGCUGACCGAACGGCGCUCCGAGCGGCAGCGGCGCGAUGACGAGAGCCGCCGCACGCGCGCCGAGAUCGUCACGCCCGGCCUGCGCCAGCCGGGCACGCCGCGCGCCACGCCGCGCCGCUUCGGUCUCUAAGGCUCACAGCUCCCCUGGUGGACGGGAGAAGCUGUGAGGCCGGCCCCCGGCUGAUGCAGGGACCGGUUGUACAGAACUAGACAGCCGGCCACGUCCGCCGAAUGCUCCUGCGACCCUUUAGAUCGCGCCCACCGUCUGGUGCUGUAGAGAGCCUCAGAGGGGCCGCUUGUGGAGCUGCCCGAGCUGGGUCUGCUGUGCUACUCACCAGCUAUUCAGUGCUGCAGCCGUGUGGUGCGGCACGUGCGGCUCGGAUCAGACGUGGGUCGACGGUAUUUUGAGUGGAGCCGAACGAGCAUAUUGUCACUCCAGUGUCGAAGAUCGGGAUCUAUGUGAACUGACAUGAUUGACAUGAGAUGGUGUGUGUAUCGAAGGGUCUCUUCAAUGUGCGUGCAUAUUGUGCCCGUAUAUCGGCUCGUUUGUUAUUGAUAUACACGAAGACGCUGAUCACGGAAUUUGCUCGGGCACAUUCGCAGAACAUCGACGCGUGCCAAGAAACCAAUACCCAAUACCUGGCGCACGACAGUCGGACGCGUCACACAUUCCCAUGGCUGACCAAAUGUGGUCAUGACGGCUGACCGCCUCGAAAGGCUGAAGCAUGUUCCAAUGGGAAGUCGUUGGUCUGGUCGAGAUCCUUUGGCACAUUUCAUACCGCCCACAAGAGUUGCGUGGGGUUUAGACCCACAGGUGGGAUGGCUCACGGAUGCCUGCGUUUGCCAGCGAAAUAAAGGCGUGUCAUUUUC